UCACUUUCAACACUGGUCUCGCGCACUGUGAUGAUCAAUCCCGUACGUGACAGCUAUUGUCCUCGCGCUUCAAACGCAACACCUGCUAGACUUAACUAAACCCACUGCAACAGAAGACAGCAUGACAGAUAAGGGGAGCAUCCGAAAUGAGGAAGACUAUGUCGGGGAGAUCAAAGGGGGUUUACGGCCGACCAUGAGGCUGAUAGUGAUGGGUAUUGUUCACAAGCAGCCGAAAAGUAUGGUGGUGUUAGUGUCGUGCCAGUCUAAAGGAGAAGUGGAUGAGGAAAUGGAGGGUGAUGUGGGGCUGGAGCUGAAGGUGAACUUUCCAGAAAAGGCUGUGCUUCGUAAUGCUCGUCUGUCAGGGCAGUGGGGUGCUUCAGAGACCGCCCUCUCUUUUUUCCCCUUUGCUCCAGGAGAGCCCUUUAAGAUGGAGAUUGUAUGUGAACACCAGCAGUUCCGUAUUCUGGUGGAUGGGCAGCCUUUGUGUGGUUUUACCCACAGACUGACUCAGCUAGCCUCUCUCACUGCUCUUAGAGUCUAUGGAGAUCUACAGCUCACCAAAGUGGCUUGAGCAACAUGGAAUUUGCCUGCCAUGAUGACACAGACUAUUCAUAGAACCAACUCAGCUUAGGUUUUAGAAUCCUAAGCCUACUGUACACAAGUCCAGAACUCCCACAGUUGAUUUGAAACUUCUAGAACUCCUUUUCAGUUGGUUUUGGAUUUGUUUUGGUAGGCUAAGUGGCCUUUUUCAAUUUAUCCAGUGAUUGUCAUUUGCAGUGGAAAAGAUUACAAAUACUGAAACACUGGGCUCUUUAGUGAAUGCUUAGAAAAAGUUGUUGGAGGGAAUCUCCAAUGGAGCCGUGUUACCUCAUGUACAACCAACUUUAAACCCAAUCCAGAAAGCAUAAAAUUCACUUUUCAAUUUAAAAUGGAUUUUCAUAAACUUAGAACUCACUGGGUUGAGACAGAUAAUGCAUUUUAUGUUUAUGAGUGAAUCAACCUGAAUGAGUUUUCUCAGCACAAUGUUAUAUUUUGUUGUUCAUCAGAAGAAGUGUUUAUGUCAUAAUUUUCAGACUGAGGCCCAACUAGAUAUCUUACUCUUAUACCUUUAUACGGUUACUCCCUAAAUGUUUUUGUUCGCUUUGUGAUUAGAUAUGGUUAGUUAAAUUGGCUCUUUGAUACAACAACAAAAGUGCCUUCAUUUGUUCCUGUAGAUGCACUUAUACAAUAGAGGGUGUGUUGGUAGUGGUAACAGUUGUAGUACAAAUUAAUUUGUAAUAACAUGGUAUAUUUGUAGCUGUCUUAGAUUUACAUUUACAUAACUAAGGUUUUAAUUUGUUCAAUUAAUUAGUUCAAAAUGAUUGAACAAUUAGUUCAGUCAUUCGAAUUGAAUAACUCUGAAUCUCAAGAGAGUAAUUUUCGAUCUUUAUUUUGUUCCUUUGAAUGUACUGCAGAGCAGUUUGAUGGAUAACCAGAGAAAUUUUGUUGCCUUCUGUGCCAUUGCAUUAAAAACCUAAGCAUUGUCUCCUGAAUGUUCACUUUAAAAUGCAAUUGUAUUGGUUUGACUCAAAGUCUGAAGCCUUGUGCUCUGUGAUGGUGCUGUCAAUUUACAGUGCAAUGUUGCAAAUUUAGCAUGUAUUAAAUAACUUAUUCAUGGAAAUGUUUACAAUUAAUAAUCGCAAUAUGUAAACAGUAAACUUUU